UCUAUUCUAUGGUUGCAAUAAUUGUAUUAUAUAUUAACUGCUAAAGAAAGAGAUGAACAUCUCAUCUACUAACAAAAAAAAUUCCAGUAUCCUGUACAUAAUUUUUCAUAUAGGAAAAUUUAAUUUGGAACCAAUUAAGGUAUAAGUAGGUAGCUUUACCAACCCUCGACAAUGGCUCUUAAGAAGAAAAGACUGGGUCUUUUAAAACGUCCUAAGUCUAUAACUGGAUCACAAAUAGUACCGAGAAGUAUUAAACCUCAGAAUGCAAGACAACUUAUACGACGUUUCCAUGUAUUGGAAAAAAAUAAAUACAUCAUAAUAGAGAAGAUCAAAAAACUAAGUAACAAUCAGUUAUUAAAAAUAGAUAAUUACAAAGAGACCUUAAGCAAUAAUACAUUAUUCAAUAAGGUAUAUUUCCCCUCCUACGAAGAGUCUAAAUCUAAACUUAAUAAAAAGUCAUCCGAAUUGAUAAAAAUAGAUGAUUCCCUUACUGAAAGUGAAUUGUUUAAGACCUUAGCUCAUAUAGAUGCUGAAAUUGACAUCAGAGGAGGACUUAAAGCUUACCAACUAGCUUCUACUCAGGGUCAAAAUGGUAAAAGAGGAGGUGAUUCCUCGAAGAAGCUAGUCGAAUGGUUAAACGAUCCCCAAUAUAAAGAUAAAUUAGAAGAUGCGAAUGCUUUGGAAAUAGGAUGCUUGAGUCCAGAUAAUGACAUAUCAACGUGUGGUUUAUUCAAGGAAAUCGCACGAAUAGACUUAAACUCACAACAUCACUUAAUUCUACAACAAGACUUCAUGGAGAGACCAUUGCCAAAUAAUGAAAAGGAAAAAUUCAAUCUUGUAUCAUGCUCGCUAGUGGUUAAUUUUGUUCCUAAUCCUAGUCUAAGAGGUGAAAUGCUCCUCAAGAUCACUAAGUUUCUUAAGAAACCAACUGGAGAUAAUGUCAGUUGUCUAUUUCUAGUAUUACCGCUUCCUUGUGUGACGAGUUCAAGAUAUUUUGAUAAACAACAGUUGAAUAAAAUCAUGGAAUAUCUAGGGUUUAAGGAGACAUUUUACUACGAAGCAAAAAAGGUUGCUUACUGGUUGUAUGAUUGGACUGGAAGCGUAAGCAAGAAAGAUCAGAAAUUUAAGAAAAAGGAGAUUCAUUCAGGGUCAAAUAAAAACAAUUUUCAUAUUACAUUGUAAAAUAUUAGUUAUUAGUUAAAAUUAAUUAUCUAUAUUACAUCUUUUUCUA